GUCGUGGACGUGAGCACGCGUGAAAAGCUCGGCCCGCACCAGAUCGGGGAAAUUUGCUUUCGAACACCAUCUACUAUGGUGAGAGGAUACUUCAAAAGGCCACGUGAAUCUGCUGAGCUCUUCGACGAAGAAGGCUGGAGCAAGUCGGGUGACGCUGGGUACUACGACCAUGAUGGUCAGCUAUACUUCUGCGAACGCCUCAAGCAAAUGGUAAAGUGCAUGGACUGUCAAGUUUUUCCAUCCGAGAUUGAAGAACUGCUGCUCCGCGUACACACCACAUAUAUCACCGAAGUUUCUGUCGUAGGGCUUUCGCACUCAGAGUACGGAGAAGCUCCAGCCGCGGCCAUCGUUCUCACAGAAGAAGGCAAGAAGCAAGACAUCGCCACUCUCGUGGCUGAGAUAAAGACUACUGUUUCAAGUAAGCAAGCUCGAGAGACCAUGCCAUGA